AUGGAGAAGUUUUCGCAGUUUCGUGACAAAGGCUCCGGUAUUGCUCCAUUUCUUCCUAUCCCUCACGAGUCGGCCGGGAUCGCUCUGCCAUUUCAUACCUUCCUAUUCGUCUGCCGUGUACCACUACUCCUUAUGUUCGCACUGUCAUAUUUCCUGGUUCUACAAUGGAUGCCUAUCGGUGUUCUCGGAAGAAAAGCGUCGUUAUGGUGUAUAUUAGGCAUACCUGGGAUAUGGUGGAUCGAUCUGCAAAUUGACGGUGUGAAGAAAGGAUCGUUGGCAAAGAAUAGCGCCAGAAUACCUCAAGCUGGCUCAGUUAUAGCCUCUUCUUGUGCCUCGCCUAUCGAUGCUCUAUAUUUGGCUGCCAUAUUCGAUCCAAUUUACGCUGCGAGUUAUCCAACCACCAGGCUUGUUGAGCCGAUAUCUCUCUUCACCGCCGUCUGCCGGUCUCUCACACAUCCAAAAGUGAAUCCGCCCGAGAAGGCGAAAUUGGUCGACAUUGAGACAUUGCUCAAAAAGAACCCCAACAGCAUUCUCGUGGUCUUUCCCGAAUGUACCACUUCCAACGGAAGAGGCAUCUUGCCCAUGAGUCCGAGUCUUCUGACGACACCGCCAAGAACCAAGGUCUUUCCUGUCAGCUUAAGAUAUACUCCAGCGGACGUUACGACGCCUAUUCCACACGCAUAUUUCACCUUUUUGUGGAACCUCUGCAGUAAACCAAGCCACUGCAUACGCAUACGAAUUGCCGAGGCUGUGUACAAUACAUCCAAAAGGAGCCCGGAACCAGCAGUCGCAAAGGUUUCAUCAUAUACCACGAAUUAUCUGGAUUCUUUAGCUUCAGACAGUGCGGCAAGUGAUGCGGACACCCUUGUCGGCAGUGAAGAUUCAGAAGGUCCCAUCACCAAGGAAGAAAGAGCAUUUCUAGACAAGAUUGCCGAGGCAUUGGCUAGACUUGGCCGGGUCAAGCGGGUGGGACUGGGAGUCAAGGAUAAGAUUGAAUUUGUGGCCAUGUGGACGAAAUCCCGGAGAAGAUGA